AUAUUAAACGAAAGUGUUAUUGUGAUAUUUGAGUUACUACCACGUGCCGAUUGACGAGUGACCCCCCCCCAAAAAAAAAUCAACCCGAUAACUGGGGCCGAUCAGUGAGUGACCCCUCCAAACUCUUAAUACCGAUACCUCAGUCACUACUCCCCCUCCAAACCGAUCAGUGAGUGACAUCAACAGAUAAACAAACCCCCCACCAUCCCAACACCCCACUUAUCACCCCAACUUUCUCCCCAACCUUCACCAUUACGACGGAAGGUGCCGCCCCAGUUCCCCUCCUCCCCCCCUUCCCCGCCCUCGACAUAGGAAGAGCUCCCCCCAAAAUGACAAAGACGGUGGACACUUAUGAAAAACAGAAUAAUCACCCUAACCCAAAUCACAGCGGAAAACACAGUGAUGGGGGAGUAUCUUAUUCCACGAGCACGGACAGCCCCGGCCUCUGCGCCUUCAUUCUCACCUUCAUCUCUUAUCUACUUAUUGUAGCUACUUUCCCUUUCUCGCUAUGUCUCUGUAUCAAGGUGGUUCAGGAGUACGAACGAGCGGUUAUCUUCCGCCUCGGUCGACUGCUAAAGGGCGGCGCCAAAGGUCCCGGGAUCUUCUUCAUCGUCCCCUGCAUCGACUCCUACAGGAAGGUCGAUCUGCGAACCGUUUCCUUCGACGUGCCGCCCCAGGAGGUGCUGACUCACGACUCGGUGACCGUGGCUGUGGACGGCGUCAUUUACUUCUCCGUCAAGGACGCUCUCAGGGUGGUUAUUGCCGUGGCUGAUUACAGCCACUCCACACGUCUCCUCGCUGCUACCACCCUGAGGAACGUCCUGGGCACGCGUAACCUGGCGGAGAUCCUGAGUGAAAGGGAGUCAAUCUCAGCUACCAUGCAGAGCUCUCUUGACGAUGCGACCGAUCCUUGGGGCGUCAAAGUCGAACGUGUGGAAAUCAAGGACGUGCGUCUGCCGGUACAGCUGCAGCGAGCCAUGGCAGCUGAAGCCGAGGCAGCGCGAGAAGCCCGAGCCAAGGUGAUCGCUGCUGAAGGAGAGCAACGAGCCUCCCGGGCCCUGAAGGAGGCUGCCGAUGUGAUCAACGAAAGUCCUGCUGCCCUUCAGCUGCGCUACAUGCAAACCCUCAACGCCAUCAGUGCUGAGAAGAACUCCACCAUCAUCUUCCCGCUCCCCAUCGACCUACUCUCCCAAUAUAUGAAAAACGGGAACAACAAGAGUGGGAAAAAUAGGAAAAGCAAGAAAGAUCUACUGUCUGACGACGAAUAGGGAACACCUAAAGAUUCUAGGUACACAAGAGAUUCCACCUUGAAAAGUACUGCCAAGCUAGCCUUGAGUUAGGGUCAAGUAGUCUCGUAGCCUUUUGGAUCUGAGCUGUACAUUCCUAAGCUGUUCUUAUCAUCAUCACCUAAGCUGAUGUUCGUUUUUUCUUAAAUGCCACGAGUUAGGAUCUUCUGAGUCCGCUACUCUCAUCUUAGUGUCCCGCUCUCUGGCUCUUGGAAGUGGACAAAACCUCCCCGCUUCUUGGGGCUCCUAUGGGACCACUCUGCCAGGAGGGCCGCCGCGCCCUUCAUGAGGACAGGGAGAUUUUUACUGUGCUCUCAGAAACUUGGUCCUUGGAAUCACUACAAGGUGCAUAGAGAGCCAGAAGCUGACGGGUCCAGCAGAACUUAGGAUAUCCGUGUGAGGUUUAUAGCUUCCUUGUAGGCCGCUACGUAAUGUAUGUCUCGGGUAAUAUUCGUAUCUUCUGAGCCACUGUAAGAAAAUACCAUAAUCCAAGUGCUUAACACAUCACACCCAGCCAGUAACUCCAACACACGUCAUCACCUCUCUGUGUGACGUGUUUUAUUAUGGCGCCUUCCUCCAUGACCCAUAAAACGAAUAAGUACUUUUUUAUGUCACAAAAUCUGCCUCAACCUUACUAAACAAGGCACAUAAUCAAAAAAAUUCGUUAUUGAUAUAUUUAUUCUGAAUUACUAACGUAGAUAUAAGUAGAAAUUAUACUUAUGUACAGAGUCAUCGAAAAAGAAUACCCAGAUGUUUAAUGAUUGUCUAGAUAAAUAUGGGCAUUGUUUUUUUAUCACCCUGUGUAUAAUUGAUAUGUAAAAUCGUACAAGUCGCUCCUAGAAGAGACGAGGUAAAGCCACAAGCUCUUGGAUUAAGCGAGAUCUUCGGUGUCCUGGAAACAUAUAAGUAUUGUACUCAUACAUACAAUAGGAAGGCAAAGUUUCCCUUGUGUAUCUGGAAUACUGAGACUGUACCAGGACGGGAAGAACACUCACUAAGUCGAGGUUUCCUCCCGUCCUUAUAACCAGAGUGUUCAAUCUACAAAACACAGACAAAAAACAAAAACUAAAUUUACAAAUAUGCCCAGUGAGAAUUUUUCUUGGGGAGUGGUGAUCAGUCAAAAUUGUAGGUGAAAAUGGUAAAAUUGGUGCAAGAUGAGUGACUUCCCUGCUCACCAAGUCACCACUCCCUCACCAUCAUAAAUAUUACCAUACUUUAACGGAUUGCUGUUGAUAAUCAAUCAUAAACUUUUCUUGUAAUUGUGGAUUCACUAAGACCACCAACAAACGUUUCGUCAUUUUCUAAACCAUAAGAGAAAACGGCUUUUCUUCGGGGGUACUCCACCAUAUUCUAUUUAUAUAAGUGUGUGUUUGACUUAGUGAAAGAUAGUAAUGUGUCUUGUUCAGUGUUGGCCUCUGGGAAUAUAGACUUGUACUAAUUAAAAAAAAUUAUCAACUAAAUUACACAGUAGAACCUCAGUCUCACGCCGGGAGAUAAGAGAACUAUUGUAAUAUUGAUUACGAGAUUAUCUCCAGCACUCACACGUCACUCAUGUUUACAAUAUUCUCGAAGAAGAGUGUCUGAGGGAGUACAGCUGCACACAUUGAGGUCCAGAAACGUUUUUUGGUAAAGGUUGGAUCCACAGCCACACUUGUGCAUAUCAACCAUACCACUCAAAAAGAGCCCCCUAAAAAUAGGCGUCGAUCGGCUAACGCGCACACACUCGCCCCCCCACCACCACGCACCCCGUCACACCCUCUCAAAACACACCCUGAUCAUUGUUCUGUUUUUAAUGAGGUAAACACAAACCGUACUGGAGGUGUGUGAGUGUGUAUGAUGGGUGGGUGGUGGUAGUGGUGCAGUAGGUGAAGUGUGCUGACGUGGGUGUCACCGAACGCGUCUCUAAGUUUACGAGGGGCGAGUCUAGGGGGCAUUAAGUAUACUGUACCCAGGUUCCAGCCCUUCACUGCUUUAGGGAAUACUCUCCUCGGAUUGGUCAAUACGUUAUCAAAACAUCACAUAUUGAUUUUUCGUCUCUGUUAUCUAAUUUAUUCAAUCAGCUCUCUUAUAUAUCGUUCAAGUGAGAUCUUAGUCAUGUUCUUCCUCCAAAAAACAGUGAAGAGCUGUGGGCAGACUUUAAUACCAUGAAUUUUUGUUGCACUCAAUUGAUAUAUUAUCGUAUAUAAAUAUAAAUAUAUAUAUAUAUACAUUACGUAGCACUCAAUAGCAAUAAUCAGUGAAGAGCUUCGUUAUAAAAGUUUUACAGUAGAUUUCACUAUAGAAUGGGUAGCGUUCGAGAAUACGAAUAUUAUAAAAAAAAAUCCAUUAGAAUUUUCUAAAAAAGUUUAUCAAACGUUGGAAAAAUAGUUAUAUCUUAUCAGUUUAUAGUAGAGAUUUUUCUGAUAUAAUAUUUUAAAUGUCCCGUAUUUUACAGACUUUGCAUGAUUAUCUGUUGCAUUAAUGAUCGAGUUUUAUAUUUGAAUAAGAAGACUGUGAGCUCUCCAUACCGACUCUGUACACCAGAUGUCGCUCAUGACCUCUGCUGUAACGUAAUGAAUCUUUGAGGAACAUUUUAUUGAAUCUUUUGGGUGAAUCUUGUACUGGAGGGUGAGGAGGAGGCUUCGUGAAUCUCCACACACACACACACACACACACACACACACACACACACACACACACACACACACACACGCACACACACACUAGGUUCUAAUAGCCUGUUUCCAAUUCCCAACUAUCCAGAUCUGGUGAACUAAAUGGUACACACUAUCCAUCCAUCUCUCCAAGCUAGUACUAAUUAAAGACCCUUGAAGACCUCACUAACCAUCCCCAGCCUUGUACUAAUUACUGUACUAUCGAGGCCUAUAGUUACUAUCGAGGCCAUAAUACAAUAAUGCACUUUCUACCUAUCCAAUACUAACUACAGGACUAUCUAGGCUUCACUAUCGUACUAACAGUAAGUAGCCUAUCCGUAGUCCGUGUCACUAACAUAACAUCGACUUCGUACUGGUAAAAAUAUAACAAUCUGGGUUUUGAAUUCUAUUGAAGACGUAUUAUAUAAUUUGUUCUCCUUUUGGGCAGUUUAAAAGAAUUUUUCGUAGCGUUGUUUGUGUCAUCUUUAGUUAACGUAAAAAUUUUACCGUAUGAAGUUCUACUGUAAGAAUGUGAAACUUUAUGACCUAAAUUGUAAUCUUGCUCGUGAUGUUUAUACAAUUUUAUAACUAUUUAAUUAAAAUGUGAAUUAAGGUGGAAAGUUGUUAUUAGGUUUAUACAAUGCAUAACUUUUACAUAUUAAACAUCCAUAUGCGCUUGGUGUGGUGGAGGAGGUUCUGGGUAGGUGGGAUGACGGAACAGGUAAGAUUUUGAAGGACCAGAGUCAAACAACCUGAUGCCAUUGUCAUCUAGGAUUGAAACACUCACUUACACCCUCUUCAAAAUACCACUAAAUGUAACUGUGCAAAUACCGAACCUAUUUUUGCUAUAGUUACAAUUUAACGUGUUGUGACUACGCUUCUAAUGACGUUCUAACCUACAUUACAAAAAUACAUUUCUCGUAAAACUUGUAUAAAAAAAUAAAAAAAGGAUUUCCCCCAACCCUCAGAAUCACAGUUCUUGAAAACACUUUGAGACGAUAGCAAUUGUUUAUCGAGUCAAUCUGUCGCGCUAGUUGUAUUGUUGGAAGUUUUCUGUUAAGGAUGGUGUAUGGAUUAUUAACCUAUAUCACAACCACAGUGAACUGAUAACAGAAUUCCUGAAUAAAGAUAUCAUAUUGUUCUUAAGUUCGAUAUCAGAGUUCUUAAGUACACAUGUCAUAGAGUUCUUGAUUGAUUCUGAACAACAGUUGUGAGUACGAGUUAGCUUCGCAGAUUUAUGCUAGGAUUAAUUUAGUUUUGCCAGACUUUUGACUAACCUUUUAAGGCGGUGCUUUUUGCAUAAUAAAAGUUACAUUUUACUAAAAAGACAAAAGUCAGCUGACGAGUGAUAUAUUAUCGCUCACCACCAGUAAAAUAAUUGUUAUUAAACCUUUAACCAGGUAUAAAAGAAAAUAAUAAUCUUUUCACUAACGGUUGACCUGCGUGUUUUCAUCCGCUUUGACUGCAGUUUUCGGUCAAUCUUAAAAAUAAGUUAAAUUUAUCAUGAGCGUGGCAGAUUUUAGUCAACUCUAGUCUAGAUUCACUGAUGUUAGUAUAUUGGAUAUUCCUAGUAAGUUAAAAUAUAAGAAUACACCUAAAAAAAACAUCAAAAAAUAGCCUAAAAUUUACAAAAAAUAUUCGACUUUGACUAGAUACGUUUGAUUAACACUUGCGAAUAUCUCUAGUUUAGGUGAGUUUAUUAUUUUAAUGCUAUUUUUUGACGUUACUAUUGUUUUUGGUUAACGUCAGCCAGUAGGGUGUGUUUUUGUACCAUAAGUUACUGGGAAUAGUCUUCAUAUGAACCUUUGUGGAUACGACCUCAACAGUUUACUAAAUUCUUUUUGGAUUCAUAAACUCUCGGUCUGUACAGCUCUAUUUGGCCUUUCCCCUCUCUUGCAAGGGCUUAGGUGUCCAUUUGUAUAUUUAAUUGUACAUAAAUAGGCAAAGAAUUGCUGUUAUGAUUAUUACCAUGAUCAUUAAUAAUAUUAUUAUAUUUAUUUUUUAUUAUUAUCAUGAUCAGAUGUUCAAGUUUUCUACGCCGUGUUACUUAAAAAUGGGAGUUAAUGAGAUUCAAAAUAGGUGUUGUUGGGUCCGUCACACCCAACCAUAUGCAGAGAGAAGUUUAAUGAUAAAUCUAGUCCUUAAAUAUUGAAGAGAUAAGAAGUGAGAGAUGAUGUUUGUUAGAAGUUUUAUACAGAAAAUAUGUCAUAUUGUUACAGCGAGGGCAACGAUCAGUGAGGCUCAAUAAGGAAAGGCAACAGGCCAUCAUUCUCAGGCCAACUCAAAAUGCGUCAUGUUACACUUAACGAAAAUGUCCUCAAAUCUUUUCCACAUAUUUUCAUUAAUUACAGUAAGCGAUGAAUCUGAGUACAUUGUAAGUGCGAAAAUACUGACUGCUUUCCAUUUAUCGUCACUGAUGCCUUGACCCGGGCAGAAACACACUUAACGCGAGCCCUCACUUCACGGAAUCGUUUUGGCAAAUUCCACGUGUAUGAGGGAAAGGAUUUUGAGUAAUUGGUUUUUGCCCACCAUAAUGCCAUUUGAAAACCCUUAUUCCUACACCCCGACAAAAUCUAAACCACCGACAAUAUAAUUUCCCUGAUUUAACUUACCUGCCCUUGCCUAAUCUAACCGUACCUGAUCUAACCUAGCGUAUAUACCUCCCUAAGUUAACCUAACCUAUCUUCGUAACUUAACCCAACCUGACCUUAUUUAGUAUAGCCUAUUGAAGCCACCUAAUGUAAAUCAAUGAAGGAACCCACAUGGACCCCUUGGUAGGUCAUGACCAGUCGGCAAACUUAGGCCCUCAUUAACGUGGAAUUUUCUGCUGAAAGGCGCCAGACGACCCCAGAUGGCUUCACGACCCAGAAAACAGAAACACCAGCGUAAAAAGUAAUUAUACGUUUAAAAAAUUACAAAAAAAACGCAGUUCUUAAGAUGAUUAUGAAUAGAAUGUUGAAAUUUAAAUCACUACGGAUUAUUUUCAAAGCUUAAUAAAUGUUCACCUCGCCUUCAUAACUGCAUAUAAGCUGCACUGCAAACGCUUGCUUGCUUCCAUAUUUUGGGCGCAAAGAGGUACUCCCUUUGAGGUUUAUGUCUCAGGGUGGCAAGAUGGAGGCCACUUGAUCACCAACAGCAUUGGCGAUCCACGCAGGCAAAAUUUGAGUAUGUGUAUGAUAUAUCUUUCCCAGCCUCCUUCAGCCCAAAAUAUGAAGUGUCUCACACGUCCACAAAUUCUGCGUUUCUCUUUCAAUAUUACAGAUAUAUUUGCAAAUCUUGUACACCUUGUUUCACAAAAAUAAAGAUAUUACAUAAAUA